CACGCUCGAUGAUACCGACCUAGACGCGACGAUACGCGCUGCGGGAUUUUCAUCUUUAGAGGGCCUUCUUCAGAGUACCGAACACGAGAUUCAUGAUACAUCCCUGCGAUUCACUGCUCCAAAUUUCCAAGAGCCCUUUAUAGAAUCGUUCUGGGAUGCAGAUCCAAUCUUUUCGACAUCUCAUUUGGCCUAUCACCCCCAAAGAGUAUUCUCUAUGACAAAGGAGGGUACCAUAGUGGAGAUUCUGAACGCUCACGAAUACGUUCCAAGAGGGCCGUCCGUCACAUUUAGCAAACAGACCUGGUGGGAUGCCCUCUUGCCACUUUACUCACAGGAUCCACAUCAGGCCUCCCAAAAAAUAUUCCAAGACCUUAAUUUCCUGUUAAAUUUGUAUGAACCAGCCCGUCGUGCGCUUAUUCAACCAUCCGUCGUCCUCUCAGCCCUAGCUAUGGCAACAUUAAUGAGAUCAUCCGAGACAGGCUUAGGAAGGGAGGGUCGUAAGUUUGCACUAUGGCUUCGAGAUGCUGCCCAAGCCUCUCUUGAUGCGAGUAUAAAUGCUUCAUGGAUCGAUCCAAGUCUCGCUCAAGCUGCAUUUUCAAGCACUCAUCCGCUCCAUUCCUCUGCACGUGCAAGCUCUGCGGUGUAUCUUUUGGACUCGAUAAUACAGGCUUUGGGACUGUCAGCUAUCGAUGCCCAUGACCCCACGGUCUCUAUGUUUCCAGCCGAUGAAAUUCCCAUCACCUCUACGGCAUCAAUGACCAGUUUAUUCGGCGAAGAUAUACCACCAAUGAACAGAAUGGCCGCUUGUCCAUGGCAUGGGACAGAUCCCUGUCCCCCGUCCUGCUCGCAUAGUCCACUCGAUUCGGAUUACUCUCCUCAGUCUACCAACUCGCAAAAGGAAAGUCUUGGAAACAUAGGUAUUACCAAAGAAGUUGAAAGCGCAUCCCAUAAAAUGACUAAUCUACAAGAAAACGCAUUUGGGAAGAUCGAGUGGCCA